AUGCCGCCGCUGGAACCCAUCACCAGCAGCAGCUCCACGGAAUCCUCGAUUGCCCCAGACCGAACAGACGAGGAGGAAAACUUCACUGAAGGACCUGCCACCGAAAAUGUCGCCCCCAUAGAGCCCUUAGAACUGGAGAAGCAAACUACCGCCAACACGACCUCGUCCCGGUUGAACCAGCGCACUCAGUCCGUCGUCUCGCGCAUUCGAAGCAGAGAGCCCGGCCAGAUCGCCAAGUUCACUCAUGCAUUGUCGCAUACGAAAACCGGUCCAGAUGUCCUUGUUGACUUUGACGGGCCCGAUGAUCCUUAUCACCCCAAGAACUGGAACUUUAAGAAGAAAUGCGUUACCACAGUUUUGUAUGGAAUGACAACGGCAGGUGCAACACUGGCGAGUGCUAUUUAUACCCCGGGAACCUCACAAAUUAGCAAAGAAUUCGGCGUUGGCACAGAAGUCAGUUUGCUCGGUCUCACAUUGCUAUUGCUGGGCUUCGGAGUUGGUCCGCUCCUAUGGGCGCCGUUGUCUGAGCUCUACGGACGUAGAAUGGCGGUCAUGACGCCUUAUUUCGUCGCGGCUGUUUUCUCAUUUGGUACUGCCACCGCAAAGGAUAUUCAAACAAUCAUGAUCACGCGUUUCUUCACGGGAUUCUUUGGUUCUGCCCCCGUAACCAAUACUGGUGGUGUGCUGGGCGAUAUCUGGUCUCCGGAGCAGCGAGGUGCAGCUAUUGUCGGCUAUGCAAUGGCUGUCGUGGGUGGUCCUACUCUUGGUCCCAUUAUUGGUGGUGCGAUUUGUCAGAGUUAUUUGGGCUGGAGAUGGACGCAAUAUAUCACCGGUAUCUACAUGAUGUUUAUCCUGACUUUGGAUGUCAUUUUCGUUGACGAAUCAUACCCGCCUGUCUUGCUUGUAUAUAAAGCGCAGCGACUGCGGCAUGAAACUGGAAACUGGGCUUUACAUGCCAAACAUGAAGAAUGGGAUGUGAGCAUCAAAGAGUUGGCGAACAAGUACCUGAUCCGGCCUUUUGCUUUGCUAGCUACGCCGAUAUGCUUUUGCGUCGCCUUGUAUGCUUCUUUUGUCUACGGAAUUCUUUACUUGAAUCUUGCGGCAUUCCCCAUUGAGUUCGAAGAAGAGCGUGGCUGGGGCCCUGUCACGGGCGAGCUACCAUUCUUAGCGAUGCUGAUAGGAAUUUUCUUUGGGGCAGGUGUCAAUCUUAUCAAUCAACGAUUCUACAUUAAACGCUUCAAGGCAAACAACAAUCGCUCAGUGCCCGAAGCUCGUCUCCCGCCGAUGAUGUUAGGCUCUAUUAUCUUUGCUGGUGGUUUGUUUAUCUUCGCCUGGACAUCUAACCGCAACAUAUUUUGGUUUGGCCCCGUUGUGGGUGCUGCGUGCAUGGGCCUUGGAUUCUUCACCAUCUUUCAAGCUGCUAUCAACUAUCUAGUAGACACCUUUCCGCAGGCUGCUGCCUCUGCAAUUGCUGCCAAUACCUGUCUACGUAGCAUCUUCGCUGCUGGGUUCCCACUCUUUGCGAAUGCUAUGUAUCAUAAUCUCGGCAUUGACUGGGCUGCGAGCACGCUUGGUUUCAUUUCUGUUGCCUUGAUCCCCAUUCCGUUCUUGUUUUACGUCUACGGAAAGAGGAUUAGGGCAAGAGGAAAGUGGUCGAGGGCUUCUGUUUGA